AUGAUUCCCAUUCAAACUCGCCUUCGCGACAUGUCGCUCCCGAAGGCCGCGGCACCUGUUGCUAGCACGGAUCCCGCACAGGUCACCUUCAACUGGAGUGGUAGCUCUUUCGAAUCAUCUCCCAUGUCAAAUCCAUUCGCUCCUCCACCAACACCAUGCGACUCUCUCCUCGACAUUCACCCUCGCAAAUCAUCGUUCUCCAGUGAAAUGGGAGCCGCCUACGCCUUCCCAUCCUGGCCUAACAGACCCUCUCUCUCCAGCCACGACUCCACAGACUCUAAUGCAAGCGCCUAUCUCACCGACGAUGACCUGCUCUGGAUGCCCGAGAACGCCGCCGCCGAGAAAGCUGUGGAAGAGGCAACCAAUAUCGAUGCCGAGCUCGCCCACUCUAUCACCUUGGAGCAACAGCUCCAGCGUAUCCGCGCUGUGGCUGCUGAGGAGGAGGCUCGCGCUAACUUCCUUGCUCGCGUUGAUGCCCAUGCCCGCGCAACACAUGCUUUGCGCAUGGCUAAGAUGAAUGUGACUGCGACUGUAAAUGUCAACGAGCGCGACAACGCAAAGCGCAAGAAGCGUCGAGCUGUCCCUAGCCCUAAGCGACGCGCUCACUCGGCUUCCAAGGUGUUGUCUCAAUGA